AUGGACAAGUGGGCUUCGUCGUCCGAUGAGGAGGCGCGGCCGACGGGAAAGAAGGCGACGGCCCGAGCCUCGCGGGUACGGGAAAAGAGGGACCUCCAAGGAGACGAGGAGACACGUGACGACGGCUCACCAGCGACGGGCGGGCGCAGCUGCGCCCAUCGCGACGUCCUGAAAGCGGGUGUGUCUCUGGUGACGUCGGCCAUUUUCUUCCCCUUUCUGGUUUGGGGGGGCUUCGUCUUCCUGCCCUUUGACGCCCCCCCGCUCCGCGGCGCCCCCCUCAGGAUGCUGUACGCGAUGCGCUGCUCCGUCUACGCCGCCGUGCCCGUCGUCGCGGGCUGGCUGGCGGUGGGCGUGGCCCGUCUCCGCUUAGGCGUGGUCCGGCCUCUUCUGGGCCAAACGGAGGAGGAGGACGCCGAGGGGCUGGCCGUCCACAGGAGAUACACGCGCGAGUCCGUGGGCCUCUUCCUCAUGUAUUUCCUGCAGCUGUCCGUCACAGCCGUUUACCUGAGCCAGGAGCAUCUGAAGCUGGUGCCUCUGCUCGCCGUCAUCUUCGCCCUCGGACGGUCGAUCUACUGGGUAGCGGCGGCCUUCGGCAGCAGCGUCCGGGCUUUCGGGCUGGGUCUGUCCUUCCUGCCCGCCGCGGCCCUGGCGGCGGCCAACUUGGCCUUCGUCUUCACCGCGGAAUCGUCCUCGGCGGUCUUCGGCUCGCCUGCGCUUCCCGAGGCGCCCGUCGGCCGACGGAGGUUCUGGGGAUGA